AUGCAUCUAUUCUCUACCUUCAGAAUUCUUCCUAGCUUUCGAAUCAUUCUCCGCGGGAAAGAUGUUGAACACCAUAAUAUAGUGAAUGACAUGAUGAUGCCCCAGGAGGUUACUUACAAUCCGCAGCCUGGAACUGAUGGGGUCCCAAAAGAUGCUAAUAUGGUUGCUUCUAUCAGUAUUGGGUGUGUUAAGGAUGCAAAAGCACAUAUUGAUGUUCAAGGUUUUAAUGUGUGCUGGAAGCCAAUUUUGUUGAACCAGCACAUGAUAAGCAAGGGUUUGAGCGAACGUACUACAGUUCUUGCAAGACUGGAGGCACAAUUGAUACAGAUGCAAAAGACAUAUAGGUCAUCAAAUUGUCACCACAUUGGCUAUUCUCGACGACGAAAUAAGAAAGCUUGUGAAAGAGUUACUAUCAAAACUCUUCACAAUGGAAGCGAAGACGUUGAAGAACUGAGUUAUUGUUGUGAUAGCAAUGGUAGUGUGCAUGGAUUCAGUUCAACUCCAAAUGUGCAUUCCACAUUGUCUGCUACCAAAAUUAGGAACCAAAUUACCAUUGCUACCACAACAAUAACCCAAUUCUUCAAUGCAUUUGCUUCCAUUGGGAGGAGUUUUGGUAGUUACUACACAAUACAUUAA